AAAACCCUCGCCUUUUCUCUCUCAACAAAAAAUCAAUCUCAGAACCCUCUCCCUCGCUCUCCAGAUCGGGUGCUCCGCGGUGAGGGAUGGAGCAACCGGCGGCGGUGCAGGGCGGUGGCGGCGGGAGGAGGGAGCAGCAGCAGGGGGGAUUAGGGCUCACGGGGAUCAUAAGGAUGGCGGUGAUGUGGUACUUCGCCAUGAAGUUCUUCUCUCCAAAGAAACCCUCGGAGCCUUCUCAGCUCAUCAACAAUCUCUUUCAAAGGGGCGAGCCCUUGGACAUGUGGUUAUAUCUUUCUGAAAAGGAUAAAUUUAAUGACUUCGGCAAUGAGAAUGCUCUCAUAUGGCAAGAGACAAAUAUUCCAUAUGCAGUUUGGGGACCAAGUAGCAGUCGAUCUCUUUCAUUGAAAUACAAACCAUCAGAGGCUGUUAAACACAAUGGGAGUCUCUAUGCUCAUGUUUUCUUUGCUCGCUCGGGUUACCCUCCAGAUCCUAGUGAUCCUGAAUAUCAGCCAGGAACUACAUUUGGAAGAACACAUUCUGUUGUGGCAUACCUGCCCAAGUCAAAAGCAGAUAAAAGGAAGAGCUUGCUGGGCAACCAAAAAGGGGAUGAAGAUGAAGUUUCGGUUACCAAGGUGAAAGAAGAUGUACAGGAUGAAAGCAAGGAUGAGGGUCCUGUAGAAUGGGUGUCCUAUUGGAAACCAAAUAUUACAAUCAAUCUUGUUGAUGACUUCACGAGCUAUCCACAUAAUGCCAUUCCCCCAGUUGUUGCUCCAUACCUGAAUGUUGAUCCAAUCUCGGGGAACUAUUAUCCCACGAUCUUCUUCAAUGAGUUCUGGCUUUUGAGGGAUAAGCUGAUAGCUCUUAAUGAUACUGUGACCGAGCUGCCGCUCAAUUUAGAAGUUGGUCCAAUCAGCAUGACUAAGUGGCAGCUGUUUUUACAGAUUGAGCAGUCCUUCCAGGUUCACCGAAGUUACGGAAGUAUGCUUGAAGGCGAGGCUGAUGAACUUAAGAGGGUUUUCUUGGAGGGGAAUCCUUACCUUCUGGUGGUAACCAUGGUCGUGUCACUGCUCCACUCUGUGUUUGAUUUCUUGGCAUUCAAGAAUGAUAUCCAGUUUUGGAAUAAGAACAAAUCAAUGGAAGGAUUAUCUGCAAAAUCGGUUGUUGUGAGCUUUAUAAGUCAGCUAAUUGUUUUCCUUUACCUUCUUGACAACGACACAUCUUGGAUGAUCCUUGCUAGUUCUGGGGUCGGUUGCUGCAUUGAAUUUUGGAAAAUUGGUAAAGCCAUGCAUAUUGAGAUCGACAGAAGUGGAAGGAUUCCUAUGUUAAAAUUUAAAGAUCGUGAAUCAUAUACAAAUAACAAAACCAAGGAGUAUGAUGAUCUUGCAAUGAAGUACCUAUCAUAUGUUCUUUUCUUGCUUGUUGCUUGCUCUUCUGUCUAUUCCCUCAUGUAUGAGAAGCACAAAAGCUGGUAUUCUUGGAUUCUUUCGUCUCUUACAAGCUGUGUGUACAUGUUUGGGUUUAUCAUGAUGUGCCCCCAACUAUUCAUAAACUACAAGAUGAAGUCGGUUGCUCAUCUUCCAUGGAGACAGAUGACCUACAAGUUCCUCAACACGAUCAUCGAUGAUCUCUUUGCAUUUGUCAUCAAAAUGCCAAUGCUUCAUCGCCUCUCAGUUUUCCGUGAUGAUGUCAUUUUCUUGAUAUAUUUAUAUCAGAGAUGGGUAUAUCCAGUAGAUAAGAAGCGUGUCAAUGAGUUUGGGUUUGGAGGUGAAGAUGAAGAUCAAAGUCUCGUAGCAUCCAGCUCAGAUUCAGCUCAAAAAAGCGAGGAAAGUACGGAAGGUGAUAAAAAGACUAACUAAGGUUAGUUCCAUUGCUUGGAGAUCGCAGAAAGUUGCAUUAUUUCUGUUGCUAUCUCAUGAAACUUCAGUCCCAUACCUCGGCAAGUACCAUCCCUGUCAAUGCCUCGAAAUUUUAUGGGCAAGCUGGAUAAGAAAUGAUCAGGAUAAACCUUCUAACCAUCCUGUAGUAUUACUGGUAAAACUUUAUAUGGCCCUAGGUAUUUAUAUUUUUAGCAGGUUUGUAAUUAGCGAUAAAUUUUGAAUUAUUGCUUUCAGAGUGUAAAACAAGUUGCUUUUAUAUUUAUUUUUUUGUCAUAGUA